UUCACACAACUCAUGUUCAACAAACAAUUGAUGACUUUGCAGCUGCUAGCAACCAACUUUGUAACAGAUAAUAAGAAGAUGUUGACAUCGGUGCUGAUGGUCUUUGGACCAGUCAUUGGUUACGUCUCACAGUACAAGUCAAUUGCACAGACACGCAAUGUCGAGGGCUUCAGCAACAAGGUCUGUCUAAUCCUCCUGCUCUCAAACAUACUGCGAUGCUUCUUCUGGGUGGGCAAGCAAUUCGAUAGUACACUACUCUAUCAAAGCGUUGUGAUGAUCAUCGCUCAACUGCUCAUGCUGCACCUGUGCGUCAGCAUCCGCUCGUCCGACUCGAUCACACGCUCAAGAUUCCUCUCUGCCUACUCAUUCUUCUUCCUCUUGCUCACGUAUACAUUCAUUAAUACACCAUGGUUCUUCGAGGCGUUGGGCAGUCUGUCAUUGGCGAUCGAGGCAAUGCUAGGUGUACCCCAACUCAUUCAGAACUACAAGAAGCAUUCAACAAAGGGAUUGAGCGCAUUCCUGAUAGGUACAUGGUUCGUUGGAGACUUUGCCAAGACCCUGUACUUCUACUUCUCCGAUGCACCAAGUCAGUUCAUCUAUUGUGGACUCUUCCAGUUACUUGUUGAUGUAGCGAUCACAUUCCAGAUGAUGACAUAC